AUGCAGUUCGCUUUAGUCGCAACUCUUUUCGCCGUUGGCGUCUUUGCCAAGAAUGGCUGCGGAUUUCCCGACGGCCCAGACUGCGUCUCACUGGGCAAGGGAAGUGACGGCUUGGAAGUAUUCCGUGCCGAUGGCUGCUGCCUUCUGCCUGCUCGUUGCGGCAAUGAAGUCGGCGUCAACUGCCGUCGCGAGAACGAGGGCCCAGAUGGUCUACCAAUCGACACAAAAAGGGUUAUGCACCGUCGUGGUGCGCAGAAGAGCUACAAGGCAUAG